CACUCCACUGGAUUAUUUCCACCUUUCCAUCUUCUUUUCCUUUUCGUUCUCUUUUCCUUCCCCAUUAUACUCCGUACGAUUUGAUUCGAUGGAUGUUCCCUCCUUACCGUAUUGUCCCAUACCAUACCAACCUUCCAACUACACUUGACGAUAGAAGCACCGCCUCAAGUGGCUCCAACUCCUGCUCUCCCAACCUUCUCUCUCUCUCUCUCUCUCUCUCUUCCUCUCUUCUUCUCUUCUUCUCUUUCGUGUCUCUUCUCUCUCUCUCUCUCAUCUCAAGGUUCUCUCCACUUCCUUCCAUCCUUGAAGACAAGGACAAACAUUCACGCCUGGUUUGAUUGGUGUGAUUGAGUUCUGACCGUCAUCUCUCCCCCCACCCACACCACCACCACCAACCACCACCGCCAUCAGACCUCUCUCCUU